CAAGCAACCAUGGUGGCCAGCAUGGAGAUGCAGGCAUAGAAGGCACCUCCGCCCCUGCUGGCACCUCGAGCUCACAGUCCCUUUGAGCCACCUCGAGGUCUAGGCCCUUUGAGCCACCUCGCCAUGGGACCUCCGGACGAGCCGCCGGAGGCGUCACUGGAGAAGAAGCAGCUGCUGAGGGGCCGUAAGCGCAAGAGGUCGGCGCCGAAGGAUCCACCGGAGGGAGUGCCGGUGGAGGGCAUGACGGGAUCGCCGGUGAAGGAGCAGCUGCAAACUCCGUGGAAGGACAGGCUACGUCCUCGACGCGCGACUCCGCCAUCAGAGAGCGUCCGGCAGAACAGCGGGUCGCCACCCACAAGGAAAGCAGAGUGGUCACCGGAGGGCUUAUGCGUCGUGAGCUCUGAGCUCUACAAGAUUCGUACGAGCACCGGCGACGGGAUCUCUGGCUGUGAGAGUAGUGGAGCGUUGGUAUCGGAAAACGGAGGUUGGGGUGGAGCCAAAAGAGGGGAAGGGGUAUGCGUGGGGAAGUGCUCCAUCUACAUGGACUGCAACAUGGUGUGCAGGGACUUGCAGUACAAAGGAGGCAACUGCAUCUACUCAGGCCGCAGCAAUGUUUUGUUAGGUCCAGGUGGACGAACAGAGAGCAAUGUCCCUGAGAAAUGCUGCUGUUUUGCGUGA